AUGCACCGAACCCUUUCCAAAUAUGUCGUCGAGAUCAGCGACAAGGGAACGCUCCCGAUCGUGAACACUCCGCCCAUGCGUUUUUUGGAGAGGACACCUAAGAUGCUUGCCAAGAAGCGUACCCGCCGCACACCAAGGUCUCUCAAAUUUGACGGGAGUAUCCGCAUACUUUCCGACAUACUGAGGGUCCGCAAGUUCAGCAUCGUAGCGCUGCAGGAGGUUGGCUGGAUAGGCGCGGAGGAGAUACAAGCGUACACAAGGAUUGGCUGUAAAAUCUACCAGAGCCGCGGCGAAAACAGGAGGCUGGGGACAGCCUUUAUAGUGCUGGGCGAAAUGCGCGAUCGCGUGAUUGGGUGGACCCCGCUCACCGACCGAAUGUGCGUGUUGAGGGUUAAGGGCCGUUUUUUCAACAUCAGCAUCAUAAACGUGCACAGCCCGCACUCAGGAAGCGAAGAUGACGACAAGGACGCAUUUUACGAGCAGCUGAACUGGACGUACAAUAGCUGCCCAAAACAUGACGUCAAAGUCGUUAUUGGAGAUUUUAACGCUCAGGUUGGCCAGGAGGAGGAAUUCAGACCAGUGAUAGGGAAGUUCAGCGCCCACGUACGCACGAACUAG